CACAAAAUUUUGGAUGAACAGUUGAUAAACAUGUUUAGGGCAAGUGGAUCAUGGGCACUCUGCGCACGCACCUCCAGCUUUACCCACGCCGUCGGCUCACUCGGGACGUCUCGACGACAAGAGUAGUACACCUAUCAUCGCUCACCAACACCUCCUUCUUCUCCAUGUAUAUAUAAUGCUCAAACUCUCCACCGUUCUCAGCUCCCUCUUCUACCUUCUCCCAAUCUACAUAUUCCUCAUUGCCCCAGCCCUACGCCAACUCUUCCCCCCCUCGAACCAAGACCUCGCCUUCGACCUGGACGAUGACGACGCCGCGGCCGCCGACCUCGAAGGACCAAUCCUAAAUGGCAGCAUCCUCAGCCUCGACGAUGGCGUCGAAGUCACCUGUCCCCCGGAUACAUACCGGGUGCAUCUCCUCCGCCGCGACCCAUUGGUCAUCUACAUCGAAGAUUUCCUAAGCGACUCCGAAGCCGACCACCUCGUAAAACUAAGCCAAAACUCCUACACCCCCUCCAUGAUCUACGACGGCACUGCCGAAAAAAUCGACCCGACAACCCGACUCUCCGACCGCGCCCUCCUCCCCCGCGACACAACCGUCCGGUGUCUCGAAAACCGCGCAAAGGCCUUCCAGGGCUGGCGACCACACCUCUAUAUCGAGCGCAUGUGGGCUCAACGCUACAACGCCUCCGGCCACUACCGGCACCACUACGAUUGGGCGGGUUCGAGCGCGCGGGGCGGCGACCGCGCGAGCACGUUCAUGGUGUAUCUCGGGGAUGAGUGUAAGGGAGGCGGGACGCAUUUUCCGCGGUUCAAGAGGCCGGCGGAUGAGUCAUGGUGUCAGUUUGUGGAGUGCGGAGAGGGGGCGGAGGAGGGGACGACGUUUCGGCCGAUUAAGGGGAAUGCGAUUUUUUGGGAGAAUUUGAGGCCGGAUGGGACGGGGUAUUUGGAGACGUGGCAUGCAGCGUUUCCGGUGACUGAGGGGGUGAAGGUGGGGUUGAAUAUUUGGAGUUGGUAUCAGCCGCCUAGGUGGAGGAGGUGAGUUUUGUUCGCGGCGGGGAUGCUACUGUGCUGUACUAUGGACCAUAUGUAUGAAUAUAUAGAGAUAGAGAUAGAGAUAGAGGUGCUGUGAAGAUAGACAGUGCUACACUGCUUGAGCUCUUUUCGUUUUAUGUACAGCCAAC